GGCAUACAAUGUGCAAAACAAACUUGUUAAAAGCAGACAGCUAUGCAGUCAGGACUGGUUAAUUCAUUAUCACAUCUAAGAAGAGGACAGCUCCUCCCUAGUGCACACCAGCUCAGGACUGCAUACAGUGUGUGUUUAGGAUCGCUUUAAGUCAUGCAUUUGUUUGCAUUUACAGUGUUUUUCCUCAUGAUGCUCAGAGAUGCUCAAGCGUGGGGUCCCAGCGGUAAAUACGCAGUGAACUGCCCGGAGAAAUGCAACGCUGCGCUGUGCGGCUCGACGCAGCGCUGCAGGCGCACGGUGCUGGAUGACUGCGGAUGCUGCCAGGUCUGCACGGCGGGACGGGGAGAGCACUGCUACCGGACCGUGUCCGGGAUGCACGGCGUCAAGUGCGGACCGGGACUCUUCUGCGACUUUUACAAGGAUGAGGAUGAUUAUGGAGAUGAAUAUGGCAUCUGUAAAGACUGCGUGUAUGGAACUUAUGGUGUGGAAUGCCGGAAUACAUGCAACUGUAAAGCAAGUGGAUUGUGCGAUAGAGAAACGGGCGCUUGCCUUUCCUUUAAAUUCUUGGCCAAAAUGGCCAUGCUUAAAUCUCAGUCAAAUGAAGGUAAUGAUCUGGGUUCGGGUGAUAGCAGUAACAGUGAUGCCACCAGUGAUCGGUCCUCUGCUCGUAAUUUUCUCACCCCUCGCUGACAGCAAACGUUACCUUCAGUUCAGACAGUGUACAUGUAGCAUAAUAAAUUAAAGGACCAAACAGAUAUAUUUUAAUAUGUUUAAACAAGUUAAAAGAUGAAGAUUAUAUUAAGUUUUAUGCUGAAUAUUUUACUGGUGUGUAUGCCAGUUAUGUCUUUAUUCCAAAGCAUUUCCUGCUCAUUCACAUGCUACACACACACACACACGCACACACAAAAACAUACAAAUAUCAUAUUGUUAUGACUCAUAUCAUAUGAUAGAUAUAAUGAUAAUGUUCCAAAAUUGAAUGGCUUAUACAAAAAAAACAAAAUUGUAGCUUGACUAGAGGAACAUUUGCAUUAAGCACACACACACACACACACACACACACACACACACACACACACACACACACACACACACACACACACACACAC